AUGAACGGUUACUUGAUACUAUCACUGGUAUUACUUGUCAUUUGCGCAUGUACCGCCCUUUCUCCUGAGGAGAGCUUCAUGUGUUUUAAAGAAUUUAACUCCGAACCAAAACCCUCAGCGGAGUGGCUGGCAAAGAAGAAAAAGUUGAGAGAUAUAUGGCUCACUUCUCAACCUAAGACGGCGACGACGACAGCUGCACCCUCUGAUCAAUCCUCUACACUUCUUUUCGCAGUACUCGGAUUUCUUGCUUUGAUUACGCUCAUCGCGCUACCGUCUCGUGAGCUUUUUGAAAUUCGUUUCAAAAUGUUUUCUGCUAUUAUCGUUAUUUCUGCUCAAACUUGGGCUGUGAAACGAAACUCUGUGAAACGGCAAAGGAAUCGUGGCCCCGAAGUCCAGGAAAAUCAAGAGCUACUCUAG